GCCCAUCCGUCACAUCCAAAGACCAAACGCAAUUAAACUCAUCAGAGAUUUAUCAGAACUCAUCACACAUCUGUCAAAAUGGUCAAAGCCGUCGCUGUCCUCCGUGGUGACUCCAACGUCAAGGGUACCGUCACUUUUGAGCAAGCCGACGAGAACUCACAAACCACCAUCUCAUGGAACAUAACCGGCAACGACGCCAACGCUGAGCGUGGUAUGCACGUUCACGCCUUUGGUGACAACACCAACGGCUGCACAUCUGCCGGUCCUCACUUCAACCCCCACGGCAAGGAUCACGGAGCUCCAGAAGACGAAGAGCGCCAUGUUGGUGACUUGGGCAACUUCAAGACCGACGGUCAGGGCAAUGCUCAGGGAAGCGUUACAGACAAGCUGAUCAAGUUGAUCGGGCCCGACAGCGUCAUCGGCCGUACCGUUGUCGUCCAUGCCGGUACCGACGAUCUCGGCAAGGGUGGCCACGCGGAGUCCAAGAAGACUGGCAACGCUGGCGGCCGCCCCGCCUGCGGUGUCAUUGGUGUCUCAGCCUAGAUACUUGACGACACGACAGAGCUGACCAGUCUGUCUACGCUCCACAUAGAGGGAACGAAAUAGCGGUUACAGGUUCAGCGAUAUGAUGGAAGCUAAAUAUGUUCCAAUGGUCUAUAGUUGAAUCCAUCUCUGUCAAUCAAAUUAAACCGUAAAAAAAUGCAAGUACCAAAUUAUUCA